AACAGCAUUUCACUGCUCAUUUGGAGUGUGCGAGGAAAACGUGAUUAAUGCUGGACCAGGAGGCGCUACUUCUGACUCUGCCAUGAUCAGACAGACGAAACAAAAGCACAAAACUGGGGCGUAAGAAAGCAUUGAUUUCACAACUGCUCAAAUGGCUACGAUAACAGCUCUAAACAGCACAUUCAACAAUGACUCCCUCGCCUGUACCAACCUGUAUGACCAUCGCAGUUGGGCUCAUAUUUUCUUGCCCAUCAUGUACUCCCUAAUUUGCAUUGUGGGAUUCUUGGGCAACGCCUUGGCGCUGCACGUCAUUUGGCCUAACUUAAAAAAAAUGAACUCAACCACUCUCUACUCGGCCAACCUGGUGGUGUCGGACAUCUUGUUUUCGCUCUCUCUGCCUUUGCGUGUGGUUUACUACGCUAAGGGGUUUCACUGGCCGAUGGGGGAAGGACUGUGCAAGGCGAUAGCUCUGCUGUUUUACAUCAACAUGUACGCCGGCGUCAACUUCAUGACCUGCUUAAGUGUCGAUCGCUUCAUCGCUGUGGUUUUACCCUUGCGCUUCUCUCGGUUUCGGAAAGUUCAGAACGUUAAGUACAUUUGUGUGGCUGUCUGGGUAGUGGUCCUGAUGCAGACCCUGCCUUUGCUUUCAAUGCCAAUGACGAAUGUGGAGGAGAGUGGACACACAACAUGUAUGGAGUAUCCCAACUUUGAGAAGAUCGAAAACUUACCCGUCAUGCUCAUCGGUGCGGUGCUCCUGGGAUACGGCAUUCCGGUGAUCACCAUACUGGUCUGUUACUCCGCCCUGUGCUACAAGCUCCGCUUACUGGCCAAAUCCAAUAAACUCACAGAGAAAUCAGGUCGCAGUCGCAAAGCCAUCGGCGUGAUUUGUGCUGUCAUUCUUGUAUUUGUGGUUUGCUACAGCCCCUAUCACGUCGACCUCCUGCAGUACAUGGCCAGGAAGUUGCAGUACAAACCAGACUGCUCAGAACUGCAUAACUUUCAGAUCUCCCUUCACAUCACUGUCUGCCUGAUGAAUCUCAACUCAUGUCUGGACCCCUUCAUCUACUUCUUCGCCUGCAAGGGCUAUAAGAAGAAGGUGCUCAAACUGCUCAAGAAGCAAGUGAGCAUGUCCUUUUCAAGUGUGGUCAGGACCUCACCGGAGGGCUCUUCUAAAGAUGUAUUUGCAAGCGAGAAAUUCCACAUGAACAACAGAACCUGUCAGAAACCGAGAAGCAGCAUGCUGGUGGAUGAUGAGUAAGGGCCGAAAGAGACUACACACACAUUGACACGUCACCAGAUGUGGUCAGAUGACUGUGUAAAACGUUCUCAUAACCACACAGCUCAGUUCUUACCUCUGGAUUAUUUUUUUCACAAAGUUUAAAGCUAAAUGCCAACAGUUUGUGGGAAACAUGUCUUGCUGUACAAAGAUUAUUGCACAUUUCUUAUUGUAUUACGUAACUUGGUCUGAUGUUUUUAAUUGCUUUUUGAAUAAUAAAGAAUAUGAGAAA